AUGGGGAAGUACUUUGUAUGGCUGCGCAAAUUCGAUUCUAUUAAUCAGUUGAUUGAAUACCAUAGACGCACAAGUAUCUCCCGAGACAGUUUUCUCCUCCUUGUUGACAGACAACCUUCCAGGUCCGCAGAUCUUGGCGGAGGAAGUCAGCAAUCGCAGAUGGUGCAGCGAGUUAUUGCGCGCUUUGACUUCAAUGCCUCGGAGGCAGAAGAACUCUCAUUCCAUCGAGGAGAUGUGAUUGAAGUGUUAGGCCAGGAGGACGAGAAUUGGUGGCGUGGUCGAAUUUCAACCACCGGUGCUACAGGCCUCUUCCCAGCCAACUAUGUGGACACUCUGCCGCCCAUUAUGCCUCAAGCCAAUUCCUCUAACCGUAUAAACGCCAAUUAG